AUGAUCGGGGCCGGCAAAGCGUCGGUGUCUGGAACAGCGGAGCUUUCAAGGGCAACCCUCAUGGACUUCCACGGCCAGUAUCCUCCAGACGCCUUGCAGGCAUUUGCAAGUUUGGGGAACAACGGGCAAUGCCCCCAGAAUCAGGAAAGAGACUUGCACCGAUGGCUGGGUGAGUUGUUCGGGCUGAAGCUUCGGACAUAUGAAGUUCCCAUGCAACUUCAGGUGCCGAAUCAACCAGGCGUGGCCACCAUCCACAUCCCGUUUUUGUUGCCGCACGAGACGAUCCACUACAUUGCUGAAUCUAGUGACUGGCAGUUUUCUCGAUCUAUGACUGGCGGGCGGAGCGGCGGCGAGAUUUCUGAAUUCUGGCAGCACUGCAAAAAACACAUUGAGUGGGCUGAUCAUCCUGCUCUGGCAGACCCAGAGGUACCAACUGAACGACUCAUCCCACUCAACAUUCACAUGGACGGGGCCGAGUUCUACUCGAACAGCGAGUUCAACGUUUGGAGCAUUGGGUUGGAGGGCCUGCUACUGGGCUUUCAAAGCUGA